CAUACAUACAUACAUACAUAGUGUGGUCGCAGAGAGUGAAGCAGCAAAGUGUCCCCAAGCAGCGACGCCAGAGCAGAGCACUGGCAGUCAAGAACAUUACGCCCCAGCUAAGAGCGCGCAUUUUGGUGUUGCCUGUGGCAGCACAGCUGUGCGUGUGUGGUUUGCUUCGGUGUUGGUAGUUGAUAGUGUCAUUGCCGCCGAUGGUGGUGCUUGAUUGAGCUGGUGUGAGUCGCCGCUGCAAGCAAGAAGUUGUCGUUGUAGAAGCGGCGACAGUACACAGCAGAAGUUGAAUUCUCACAGCGACAAAAAGUGCCACAGUCAGUCAGUGUCACCCACGACUUUGUAGGAAGUGGACAUACUAUGUGCAGGAGUGAAGUGGAAAAGUAGAAUAAGAAGUUCGACGGGUACAAGUUGGAUAAGAACUAGAAUUUGUACGCUGAUUGGCGAAUGAAAAAAAAAGCAAACGAACAUAAAACGCAUGCCACAGUGUCCAACUACUAAAAACAAAAAAAGUACUGAGAGUGAUAACAUAAUUAAGAAAAAAGUUGUGUGCAUUGCAAUAAAACUAGUGAAUAUGUACCUAGUCACGCAAUAAGUGAGAGCCUGAAAAUUUUUAUUAUGUAAAUAAAGCUAAAUUAUAUCACAUAACUCUUUUGACGCAACGAAAAAAUAGAAAAAAAAAAUAGCGAGAACACAAACAAUUUCCAUUUACCCGAAGCUGAGGUUUUCGAAUUUGUAUUUUGAACUAAAUAUUGGAACUCAUCGAAAUACUACUUAUCGCAGUGUUAAAUUUAAAAUUCACCAGGGACAGUUAACUAAGAAGCUGAUUCGACAAGAAUUUUCAAAACGCAUAAUUUCGUUUUUCCAAAAGUUUUUAAUAAACGAAAAUUCGCAAUCAGGCGUAAAAGCGUAAAAGCAAAACCCAUCGCAAAAAUGGAACACCUCAUGUCUGCCUUCAUGCCGCCCGCCUACCUGCUGGGCCAUCCGCCCACCGCCGCACCUGGCUCAAUGUCUGUUUCGAAUGCCGCAUCGCCCGCCACCUCGCCCAUCGCCGGUGCAUUGUCCAAGCCGAAGCGCUGGGGCUCUCCACCCGUCAAUCUCGCCGCGCAGUUUAUCAACCCUGUGACGGGCAAGAAGCGCGUUCAGUGCUCCAUCUGCCUGAAGACCUUCUGCGACAAGGGCGCGCUGAAGAUACACUUCUCUGCCGUGCACUUGCGUGAGAUGCACAAAUGCACUGUUGAGGGUUGCAACAUGGUGUUCAGCUCGCGUCGCUCCCGCAACCGUCACAGCGCCAACCCCAAUCCGAAGCUGCACUCGCCUCACAUCCGCCGCAAGAUAUCACCGCACGAUGGCCGCACGGCGCAACAAUUUCCCGUGUUUUCAUUGUCACCUGCCGGUCUGUUGCCUUCGGCCGCAUUUCCGGGCCUCAUGCCACCUGCAGCCGCUGGUGGUUAUGGCGCGCACCCAGCGACCAUGUUUGGUGAAUUCCCACCGCCCACAAAUCCUGCCAACUUACAGCGCAUGUUGGCCAGUCACGAGCGGCUGGGAGUGAGUGGUGGCUUGCGAUACAGCUCUACAGGCACGGGUUCUACCUCAGCGUCCGAUGCAGAGGGUGAAGAUGACAGUUACAUCCUGGACGUUCACACAACCAUCUCCAAUACUAGUCACGGUGAUAGUCAUAGCGAUGUGGACGACUACUGCCGUGAAGUCGAUGCGACCUACGUAGAUGACGAGGCAGCACGUGACGCCGAAGUUAGAGAUGAGGAUGAAGAACUGAUAUCGGUGUCUAUUGACGAGGAAGCGGAGUUGAAUUUCACACAAAUGGAGAACUCAAACGAACCGCUGGAUUUUAGUCUACACAAGCGUCGCAUCGCUGCAGUGGAGACACCUUUACCCAGCCCAGUUGUAGCGGCAAAUCCCACCAACAGCCCUACUCCCAGCGCUAGUCCCCAGCGAACGGUGAUGGCAAAGUCUAAUGGAUUCUCGGUGGAUUGCUUGCUGGGCAAGCGUAAGCGCAACAACAAUAAUAGCAACAAUAACGAAGUGGUCGAGGCGCCUGUCUCGCCGCCAGUGGUUGUUAAAAUGGAGGCGGAGGAUGAAACCACAACGGACUGCAUGCAAGGCCUUGACCUGACGCCGCAAUUGGCACAAAACCAAAUGCUCAAUGCGGAGACGAUCCCGGAAUGCAUAAAUGCAGCCACAUCUCCGUCAUCCUUUUCGCCUGAGGCACACCAACUGCGCCUCCUGCAAUCACAGAUGUUCGCAGCCGCCGCAGCCGCCGCCGCAGCACAGUCUUCCGAAGCGCCCUACGCUCCAACCGCGCUACCAGCGACAGACGCUGUAGCCGAUGGGUCCUCGCCAGCACCACCAAUGUGGAAUCUGCUCUCCGAAGUCUACCGAUCGAUGCUCAUGAGCGGCGGCAUCAAGCAGCAGACACAGACGCAGGCGCAGUACAACGAAAUGUCGACAAGCGCGAUUUCGGUGUAGAGUCAGAGUCAGUUGUUAACGCUGCGACCGUCCUUCCAAGUAGUCAUCUCAAACACCGUUACCUUGUUAUAUAUUUUUAGUAAUGCAGGCUCGUCCUCUUGCGGCCGGAGUCAAUCGUUAGCCCAAUACUGGGACGCAAUGAUAUACACACAUAUUUAUGUACUGUAGGCAAUAAGGUUUUAAAUAUCAAUUCAAAUUAAAUGUAAAUAUGUAUUUAU